UAUAAUUUGGAAAUUAGGGAACUCUCAGACAAUAUAUGUGGGUUUUGGAAUAACAGUUCUUUACUGCAAGACAAACAAGAACAACAUCUGCUAUGAACAGAUCAGUGACAAAACAGAACGAAACUCAGUCUCAAUCCUUUUGUCUGGUCAGGCCACACGGUCCCGAUGGAGUGGGGGCGGAGUGGCUUUUUUUUUUCUCAGUCGCGGGAACUGCAGGAGCAGGCAGGCGACCGCGGCAGGGCCGUCCCAGGUAGGAGACAGGUGAAGGAAAUGAAACCUCUGCUCACCCUUUGCAUCCUGGUUCUCAGCGCUGUUCUCAGAAGCAGGAAGCUGUAGCAGUGUCGGAGUGCAGGACCUGGUCGCACCACGGAGCAAGAAAGAAGUUCUCUCCUCUGCGUUCCAGCCGGCCAGCUCGAGUGGCUCAUCACAGGGACAAAGCAAUUUACAGCUAUUCAUGCCCACCCCCUCUUUUGUCUUGGGUAAUCAAACCGGCUGGGUACUUUGAUAUGCUAAUGGAAAAAAUUCUUUCCACUGAGGGAACGAGUAAAAAAACUCCCCCAACCCCUAACAACGACCAAUGUUCCUGACCUCUGUUUCUUUUUAAGUAAAGAAAUGGCAGUGCCCUCUUUUCUGAAAACAGCGUACUGCAGGAAUGAGAGAAUGAGAAAAACAUGCGUAAUUAUUAACAUAGGAACACUAAUUACCACAGUGGUGUGGUUGAACAGAGAGGACUUCAGUGGGUUUUCCCACCGAUGCAAAUUGUGAAAUGCUAGUAGCAUUGCACUCUUCCAGCUUUCAGCAGUCAUGGUGAAGCUUGUAGUGCUAUUUGUGACAGUAGCUGUAACUAUGUUUGUACAAAGGCGCAAAUGCCGUCAUGAAAUUAACUUAGAGUCAAAACUGUAUUUAAUUUCCUCAUGUUCAAAUUCUUCCGAUGGUUUUUGAAUACUGUUACCCAAGCUUCAUUCUUUAUAAUGAAAAAUCAGGUGCUUCCCAUCUCAAACUCGCUUGAGCCAGUAGUUCUUCAAGGGAAAGGGAGCAGAGGAUUGUUCUCUGUCACUGCAAGUGACUUUUGUGUGCAGGUUACUUGCCUGAAAGUAAAGCUUUUUUUAUGCUAAGUUUUUGUUGUGUUGAGCUUGUGCACACAUGGGCUUUUGUUUUCUGGCUCCUUUUUUUCACUUGUAUGAGAUGAUAGUGGGAGGGUAGUUGCCUUUGAUUCCUUCUUACAGUCUAGAGAAACAUUAAGUGCAAUUUCUGAUUUGUUACAAGUGGGGCUUCUCUGGCUUCCUACUAUGUAUUUGUGCAAUCCUAAUGUUACUCUUCCUGUGGUGAGUUGACUUUCCUGAAGAUAGUAUCACUGUGAGAUUUGGGACUGAUAAUCUCUGUGUUGUGUGGUUAUCAAGGACAGAGGAUUUAUUUACCAAACAGUGCAGGCUGUACCUGCAUUGCAUCAUCACAUGCAGCUAAAUAUUAAGUGCUACUGGUUGAGUCCAUUUUAAGUGGGGAAAUUAGUGAAGUACCUGUUUCCACACUGCCUGUUUCAGUGCUGAAAAGCUUGACAUGUUUGUUUUUCUUCUUCAGAAACACAUUUUGUACUAAUGCUUAGGUGUUUACUCCCAGGGAAGGAUCUUAAUGCUGCUCAGGUGUUUUCUAUGAACUUGCUAUCUUGAUUCAAAAUCGUUUUCAACUUUAGUAUGUCCCUUUCCCAUUGAAUCAGUACUGGCUUUUGAACACUUGUCUUGGAUAAAUUAGCAUCCCUGGAUGAAGGGCACGUACUCUAAUCCAAAGCAAGGCAAGAAAAUAAAAUGCCUCUUCGAUAAUAAGAGGUUUUUUUACUUUUGCUGGAUGGAAAACUGAAAGUGCUGUGAAGAUGAUCUGUGUGGCCAUGGUACUGUCAAGGAAGAAAUGAAGAUUUAGUCUUGGUGGUUCGACCACUUUACAAAUCUUCCUUUUAGAAAUUUGAGUCUGAAAACACUAAGUUAAUCUCUAGUGUGUGCUGCGAGAUCUGUCUUUUGCACUGCUGUAUCUCUCUCUCCAGUGUCACACUGAGACCCAGCAGAAAAGUUGUGUAGUUUCUAAUGAGAGCUUUGUACUGUUAUUGCUGUGGGUUGAAAGUUUCCUGUCUGCCUUUCACAGAGAAAUUACAACAGGUCAUCCUCACCCAUGGUGCUGGCUUCAGCAUCACUGCAGCACCACUAUUUAUGUUCUUGAAGAUGUCAGAUGAAGGCCUUUUUUGUCCUACUGAGUCAUUAAUACUGUGUUCCAGUUUAUUUUUUACUCGGGAAUUUACCUAACUGAAGAAUGAAAUUACUUACUUUGUUUUUCUCCACUUUCUUUGAUGCUCCUACAAAAGAGUUUUGGCAGUAUGAAAAAGUAGGAGAAAUUGCAAUGAUGCUUCUCAGGAUACUUCCUCUAACGUAGUUUUACAUUUCUACUCAUAGCAGUUCAGUUUUGUCUCACAGAUCUAAUGCAAAGUAUCUUUCUCCUAAGUGUUCACAAUCAUGAUAUCCCAACUCCCCAUUUUAUCAGAUGUCAACCUAUCUUGGAGAGAAGGCUCUUUACAGAUUUUUUGCAGAGGCCUAAAGGUAAGCAAGUUGUCGGGAUCAUAUAGCGAGUAUAUGGCAAUGGUAUGAAAAACAGAACCUGGAUCCCAAGACUUUUAUUGUGGUACUUUAGCUAUAAGAUCACCUGUCCUGCUUUGCAGAGGUCAAGAGAAAGUUCUUCAUUUCCCUGUAACUCUUGCACAUGAGUGUUUUUCUGCUUCAGUAGCUAGGAUUUAUUUCUUCACUUAGUUAAGGGGCCUCUGAAGAACAGGUUCCCUGUUUCACUUCACCCUUAGCAGAAAGCACCUUUUUGAAUGUACUGUACUCACCCUGUGCAAAGCUUAAUUUGUAUUCUUUCCUUCCCACAUGUCAGCGUGCCAGGUUGGCUCUUAGGAGCCAUGCAGCUCUGUAUUGCAUAUGGUCUCAUCAUUGCAGAAAUAGGAUUGUACUGGCUAAGACCAUGAUGAAUUCUUUAAGAUUGCCAUAAAGCACUGCUGCAGCCUUGCCCAGGAGACAGUUAUUCCAGAGCACUAUUAGCUAGGAGAGGCGGUUAGUGUGUCUUUAACUGAAUGGUGCCAAUGGGAAUGGUGUUAGGCAGUGUAACCGCAAGCUCGGCCUGAAACACGACCAACCUUGAAACCCUAUCUCUACCCCACUAACCCAUGCAGGCUGACUUCAUCCUGUGUUGGGAGACCAUGUGGGUUGCAUCAAUGCCUGAAAUGUAACUGCAUCCUGGCAGUAGGGCAGAUCCUGCCUGUGUGACCGAUAAUGUGCCACUUGAAGCAGGUGAGGAAUUGCAUUUAUGCUUGUUUUGUGUAGCUGACCAUGGCAGACUGACUUCAAAGGCUCCCUGUUGUGCCAAUGUCCUGGGUUACCAGAGUGGGAAGUGUUGGCUGUGCUCUUUGGGCUAAAUCAAGGUCUGGGGCAGGUUCUAAACAGCUAUUUAAAAAAUGAGAAUGUGAGAUGAUGUUUCUCAAGGGUGCUUCCCAGCAGAGCCUGUAAUCCCUCAACUAGGAUUUCCCCACAAAAGGUGCUUCCAAGUGUUAUACGUUCACAAAGCUUUUGGCAGGAUAGUCUCAUCUUCAUGAUAGAUGAAACUGGGUGCCAGAGGCUUGCCCUUGCAUUCACAGUUCUCUGGCUUUGCAAAGCUCUUCCUUGUGCCCCUUGAUCUAAAACAUCCCACAAAAGUGAGCUCCCUGGUGUGAGGGGAGGCUGUAAUGGACCUGGAAAGUAUUAAUUGAGAGCCAGCCUUUCUUAUUUUGCUAAGUCCCUGCCUUAGUUACGAGACACAGUGAGAAAAGGGAGAUGACCAUUUUUCUUUUUUGUGCUGGGUGAAAGUCACUCUCUUACAGGAGUGCAGAGCAGUGGAAAGCCUGAUGUGUGACUGCCACGAUAAGCUGGUUGUUUUCCCUUUUCUCCUCCUCACGCUGUGCUGGGCUUAUCUGGCUGCCUGAGUUAUGUUAAGUAGCGGGUGCAUGCUUGCUCUCCAUUCUCCUCGCUGCUUUGCUCCUUGGAUUUCAAUUCCAAACAUGGUUAUCCAUUUGGGGUCUCUCUCCGUUUCACUGCCAAGAGAUACACAUUCCACACUCAACACCAGCUCCCUCUACUGCUGUCUCACAGUUGCUAUUCCAUUUGCUGCAGCGCAGGCAAGACAGGCGGUGCAAGGAGAUCUCUGUCCUGUCCGUGAAUUUUCUAGUUAGUGUCCUUGACUUUUUUUGACUGAGCUCUUUUGGCCUCACAUUUGCCAGCUUCUUUUCUCACUGUUGUGGCUAGGAAGGGGGCCAGCCGACGCAUUGUGAGCCACAGAGGAGAAGUGAACGCUUUUGGAAUUUUUCGGGUGCUAAAACAUUUGGUAGCACUUUUUUAGCAUGUUACUCUAAAGCACUACUGUGGGACCAGACAGUGCUCAAGAGGAAGAGGAGGAGGAACAGCUACCCAGCAGUUCUGGUUUCCAACCUCUGCAGCACCUUUUGUGUAUGACAAUUCAUUUUGAGCACAGGACGGCUGGGGAGGGUGGGGAGUGGGGAAGGAUGAGUGCAAACAGCCUCUCUUGGGACCAGGCUGUUCUCCAACCUCCGGUGUGUGAUGCCUGGACUGAAAUUAUGGAGGAAGCAGCCUACCAGCUGGCCAGCUGUAUUGUUCUCUUGGGUUACAUGGGGGGCAGUGGCAUCUUUGGGUCCCUCUAUAUCUUUGGCCUCCUGGCCCCAGGCUACUUCUGCUAUGCUCUGUGGGGCUGGCUGAGCGCUUGUGGGCUGGAUAUCUUCAUCUGGAACAUGCUGCUGGUCCUUGCCUGCUUGCUUCAGCUGGCUCACCUGGCUUACCGGCUCCAUAGAAACACCAUCCAAGAAGAGUUUGACCUCCUCUACAAGACCAUGUACCUGCCCUUGCAGGUGCCCCUGGAAGUCUACAAAGAGAUCGUGAAGUGCUGUGAAGAGCAGGUCCAGUCACUAGUCAGAGACCAGAAUUAUGCAGUGGAGGGCAAGACACCCAUUGACCGCCUCUCGUUGCUACUGUCUGGCAGGAUUCGAGUGUGCCAGGAUGGACAGUUCCUUCACUACGUCUUUCCAUACCAGUUCCUGGACUCUCCAGAGUGGGAGUCACUGCGACCCUCUGAGGAAGGGACUUUCCAGCCUCUGAAAACCAUCUCCAGAGUUGUCACCCUCUCUGCAAAGGACGAGCUCCUCUGGCUCCCACUCAGACCCCUGAACUCUAGGGAGCAACAGGCUGCUUUGAUCCUGAAGCCCUUCCAAGGGAGCAGAUGCUCACACAGGUUUUUGACCAGAGACACUCUAGCAUGCAGAGACGUCUGCCAGCAGAUAUAUCUAUACUCAGGAGCACAUGAAGCACACGCUUAAGACUGCAGUGUGACACUCCAGCACCUCCUAUCCCAUGGCUGUUCACCAGAGCUGCCUUCCCCAGUGUGCUUCCAUGGUUUGUUUUCUAGUCCUACCUCUCUGAGAUUGUCAGCAGCUCUGUCUCCGAAGUGCACCAAUAUCCUGCAAGCAAUACCAGCCUGCUUGCAGAAUCUGUGUUCCCUUUGUUUCAAUGAUUCCCAUUAAAGUCAGAGAUGAAAAUUCUGGUGUUUGAGAAUUUGAAGAGGGAGAAAACAGCUGGAGGGAGGGAUGAUUUGAAGAGCAACAUCAUUUAAAGCAUUCUCAAGGCACAGAGUAGAUAGGGCAAGGGGAAAUGGGCCAGCCGACAGCUUUGGUAAAGGACUUUCAAUGGAGAGUUUGAUGAUAUGCAUCUCACUGGGCAUCCACUCUAAUAAGACCAGAAAUUGCUUUUCCAGGAGUCAGGAUUUCUCAUUUAUGACAAGCACAACUUCUCAAACAAGCUGGCAAAAAAAGACUUCUGGUUGGUUGUUUGCCCUGAUUCUUGAAAUAAGAAAGAGAAGGAAUUGAGAUUGGGAACAGGUGUAAGCAAGAACCCUUUUUUUGUGUGUGCUCAAGGGGGACGUGACCUCAGGGUGUACAAACAUCAAAUGAAAAAAAAGAAUGGAUACAAAACAUCUGUGAAGAGUGCAGCCAUUGGUAGGAAGGACAGUGCCUUAAUGAAAACUGUGUAGAGAUGGAA